AAGGAAAUUUGGCUUUCAACGUAAAAAUAACUUCAUUUCUCUUCAUGUUAGCGAAAAUCUUGAGGUGGGUCUGAGGGGAAAAAAAAAACUGAGAAAAAAACACAAAGUUUGAUUCUUUUUUGGAGAAAAUGGGAAAUGAGAAGGAGGUGCCAUUGCUGGAGAAAGUUUACUUUGAGAAUUGCCCAGGUUGCAGGAUUGAUCAGAAGAAGAAUGCAAAUACUGGAUUGCCUUAUAAAGAGUUCUUCUAUGUGUGGAUAAUCACUCUGGCGACCGGUUUACCAAUAUCCUCAUUAUUUCCCUUCUUGUACUUCAUGAUAAGGGACUUGCGUAUUGCCAAGAAAGUGGAAGAUAUCGGGUUUUAUGCAGGUUUUGUAGGUGCUGCAUUUAUGUUUGGGAGAGCUUUGACUUCUGUAUUUUGGGGAAUAGUGGCAGAUAGAUGGGGAAGAAAACCUGUUAUCAUAAUUGGCCUCAUUUCGUUGGUUAUAUUCAACACACUCUUUGGAUUAAGUGUAAAUUAUUGGAUGGCAAUAGCUACAAGAUUUCUUCUUGGAGCUUUCAAUGGUUUGCUUGGCCCGAUAAAAGCAUAUGCUGCUGAGGUUUGCCAGCCAGAACAUCAAUCUAUUGCGCUAUCACUAGUCAGCACAGCAUGGGGCAUUGGUCUGAUUAUUGGUCCAUCUGUUGGAGGAUUCUUUGCACAGCCUGCUGAGAAAUUUCCAUCAAUCUUUUCUGAAGAUUCCUUUCUUGGGAGGUUCCCUUACUUCUUGCCUUGCGUGUGUAUAUCACUCUUUGCCUUUGGAGUACUUAUAGCAUGUUAUUGGCUUCCGGAAACAUUGCACAAUCAUCCUGAAAACAGAACAGCAGAUGCAAAAAUUGAUUCUACUAUGAGAGAGAAGGACGAAGAAGCUGAAGGAAGAUUUCCACCUCAUAAGGAAAACCUUCUUCUGAAUUGGCCACUAAUGUCAUCUAUCAUCGUAUAUUGUGUUUUCUCCUUUCACAACAUGGCUUAUAGUGAGAUAUUUUCUCUAUGGGCUGAGAGUGACAGAAAGUUUGGAGGAUUAAGUUUUUCGUCUGAGAAUGUUGGUGAGAUUCUUGCAAUUUCAGGUUUCAGUCUUCUAGUGUCUCAAAUAUUUCUUUAUCCACCAGCAGAGAGAAUCCUGGGCCCCAUAAAUUUAGCACGCAUUGCAGCGGUUCUAAGCAUACCAUUACUUGCAUGUUACCCCUUUAUGGCAAAUUUAUCAGGACUUGUGCUUACAAUAGUAGUGAAUUCUGCAUCCUUAUUGAAGAGUGUUCUCUCUACAACUAUCAUUACAGGGACAUUCAUUUUGCAAAAUAAUGCGGUGCCUCAACAUCAAAGAGGAGCUGCAAAUGGUAUUUCAAUGACUGCAAUGUCUUUCUUCAAAUCCGUGGCUCCAGCGGCUGCAGGUGCUAUAUUUUCAUGGGCACAAAGGCGACAAAAUUCUGCUUUCUUACCAGGCGAUCAAAUGGUCUUCUUCAUAUUGAAUCUCAUACAGUUACUCGGCUUCAUCAUGACCUUCAGACCCUUUCUAGUAACAAAUAGUUGAGACUAAUAUCAGCACAAUAUAUAACAUAUACUAUAGAGAUCAACAAGAUGAAGAAAUGAAGAUUCAACUGAAACAUGCUUAAUUAAACGCAAGCCCAGGGCCAGUGAACUGCUGUACCAUUUUGCUCCAUUUCCCCCCCUCAGAGCUCAGAGUACUGACCUUCAAGCGAAAUUUUUCCAUCUGUUGUGUACAUCAGUGUAUUACUUAUUUUUGAUUCAGUAAGGCAAUCAACCAUUAUCAUCAAUUGUAUCAUCACUGUUGUCGUUAUCGCUGGUCUUCCUUUGGCAAGCAUUUUCGGUCAAUGAAAUGCUAGCAUUGAGAUUAUCUGCAAACAUUUGAGUUUCUAUGCUCUUGGUAUAAUUAUCCUCUCCUCGUUCGUAUUUAGACAAGGUUGUGGUAAUAUACUUAAGGCUCUCUAUUUUCUCUUGAAUAAAGUGGUCUUUUGGCCAAAUAAAUUUUAUA